AUGUCCUCGACUUUGGGACUUGCUGGUGGAAAUGUCGACUUGGAAUCUGCCAACAGCAGGAAAGUAGAGUCUCGCGUAGACCGCAAGAAACUUGAAAAGGCAGAGCGAAAGAUCCGUGCCAAACAGGAGAAAAAGCAAAUGAAGAUGGUGCAAUACGAAUCGUCCCGUCUCCUCGACCAGCCAGAUAGCACCAUGUCUUACGAGGAGUUCUUCAUGGCUGUUAACCCGCUCCAGCUGGGCUCGGAUUCUGCAGCAAAGAGCAAGGACAUUAAGAUUGAUAGCAUUGACACCUCUGUUGGUGGUCAUCGAAUCCUGACCGACGCUUCUCUUACCUUGGCGUACGGUCGACGGUACGGUCUUGUUGGUCAGAACGGUAUAGGAAAGUCCACUCUUCUGCGGGCCUUGAGCCAUGCUGCCAGGCUUGAUCACGAAAGGGAGGGCCUAGACAUAACCUUAAGUGAUAUCCAUUCCAAACUUUCAGAAAUGGAAUCGGACAAGGCCGAAUCGCGCGCUGCCAGUAUCUUGGCUGGUCUUGGUUUUUCACCUGAAAGACAGCAGUUUGCAACAAAAACCUUCUCUGGUGGUUGGCGAAUGAGAUUAGCUCUAGCGCGAGCUUUAUUCUGCGAACCAGACUUGCUUCUUCUAGAUGAACCCUCCAAUAUGCUGGACGUUCCGUCCAUUACAUUCUUAUCCAACUACCUCCAGGGAUACCCUAGUACUGUUCUUGUGGUCUCGCACGACCGGGCUUUCUUAAACGAGGUCGCUACCGAUAUUAUACAUCAACACUCUGAAAGGCUGGAUUACUAUAAGGGGGCCAACUUCGACUCGUUCUAUGCUACCAAGGAGGAACGGAAGAAGAAUGCGAAGCGUGAAUACGAGAAACAAAUGGCAGAAAGAGCACAUUUGCAAGCAUUCAUCGAUAAAUUUAGAUACAACGCGGCCAAGUCAUCCGAGGCGCAAUCUCGAAUCAAGAAGCUUGAGAGAAUGCCAGUCUUGGAAGCCCCGGAGAGUGAUUACGUUGUGCAUUUCAAAUUUCCAGAUGUCGAAAAGCUUUCUCCACCCAUUGUACAGAUGUCCGAGAUUUCCUUUGGUUAUUCCAAAGAUAAGCCCCUUUUAAAAAAUGUCGAUCUCGAUGUGCAACUUGACUCUCGGAUAGGAAUUGUUGGACCGAACGGCGCUGGUAAAACCACAGUGUUGAAGCUGCUAACUGGCCAGCUUGAGCCAACUUCGGGCCUUCUUUCGCAACAUGCUCGCUUACGUAUUGGAUACUUUGCCCAACAUCAUGUUGAUGCUCUGGAUCUGACGACCAGUGCGGUAAGCUUCAUGGCAAAGACCUACCCAGGAAAGACAGACGAGGAAUACCGCAGGCAUCUGGGAGCAUUCGGAAUCACUGGAAUGACUGGACUUCAAAAGAUGGAGCUCCUGUCUGGAGGACAAAAAUCUCGUGUCGCAUUUGCUUGCUUGUCGUUGACAAAUCCACACAUCUUGGUCCUUGACGAACCUUCCAACCACCUGGAUAUUGAAGGUAUGGAUGCAUUGUCUGAGGCAUUGCAGAGGUUCGAAGGUGGUGUCGUGAUGGUAUCACACGAUGUGACAAUGCUGCAGAACGUCUGCACUAGUCUUUGGGUGUGCGACAAGGGCACAGUAACCAAGUUCGAUGGCACCGUCAAUGCCUACAAGAAGAUGAUCAGUUCACAAGCCAACGAAGCAGGUGUAGCAGUUGCCCACUAG